CAUUCUCCUUCUCCUUUCCAUGCUGUUGUGUAGAAUGAAGUGCUGUGGGCAAAGAAUGGGUUACUUCCAAAUUCAACUUUAACAGUAACAAGACGUAUGAUAUACGCAAACAACCUCGCGAAUAAAGUUUACAAAAUGUUGUCUAUCAAAUUGGGAUUUUUGUUACGAAGUUAGACACGACAUAUUUUACUAUUCAGAUACGCAAUAAUAUUUGUUACACACUACGCAGUUAUUUUUCAAAAUUGAUUUGUGAGAUCUUCCUGAACGGAAAAUUCCUCGAAAUUUUAAUUUUCGAUGGGUCCGUCUGUGGGUGAACCGACUGACAGGAAGAAGAAAGACCACAAACCCCAAAAUUUGCGAAAUUCAUUAAUUCAGUUAAUUCUGCCUACAUUCACUUUUAAAAAGUUUGGUGGAAACACCUUCAUUUACUAGCUAGUUAAAUUGUGUUUUGAACACUUGUCUUAUCUUUUUAAAAAAGAAAAAAGAAAAAAAAAGUAAAAAUAGUUACCAAGAUGAGAUUCGAACACACGACGACUCCCGUGUCGGUGCUCAGAGAGGCAAAAAUUUCCAUUCUUGUAGGACCCAUUUGCGUUUUAAUACAAGCUCACGAGCUUGUAAUAAAACAAAACGUUGCAAAAGUGCUGAAUAAAUUUUUGAACCCCUGUGGACCGUCUUUGAUUUCGCUUAAAAUGAAACUGUUUUUUAGUUUGACUAUUUCAGGAAACCAUUUCAGGGGAAAGGGGGGUUUUCAACUUUCUGAAAUUUUGCGAAAAUAGGGGGGUUGAAAAUAUCCAAGUAAAAAGGAAAGCCUUGAGCAAAAUAGCAGGUUGUAAAAAGGAUUAGGUUGCUCUAAAGUCCAGAGUAAAUUAUUGCUUCUUAGAUUACCUACUUCAAGUAAGACAAAUCAUUUAAUUUAACCAGGAAACAACAAUUGCUUAUUUUUCGUAUUGCUUUAGUUUGCAGACAGUUUCUAUGUCUGUUUUUUUAAAGUUAUUUUCUGUUUAUUCAUCUAAGUUCAUGUUUCUGCCUGUCAAAACCUAUUGCAAAAAAUCUUUUAAAGUUGAAAAUUUCCUGUAUGAAAAGAUUCAAUAAACUCAGUAAACUAAGUUUGUAGUAAUUUGUAAAAUUAGCAACAUUAGAAAAUUAGAGAGAGGCUUAUCUAAGCAUUGCUGAUCUUGCUGAAAAUUUUAAAAAUAUAAGGUAUUUUUAGUCACGUUUGUUGGCAGACAAAGUGGACAAAUGAAACAAAUCAUACUUGCAAAGAAAAAUAUGUCAAAGGUUUUUACCUCCAUGGUGGUAUUGGGACUGGAAAGACGGUUGUUCUGGAUUUAUUUUAUGAUACUAUACCGACAAAGUAUAAAAAACGAGUUUACUUCAAUUCAUUUACAUCGUUUCUUUAUUCUGAAAUAAACCGCUGUUCAGCAAAAGACAUAGCUAACAAAAUCAUGGAGGAUGCCUGGUUGAUAUGUUUUGAUGAAAUCCAGGUGGCAGAUUAUACCGCAUGCACCCUUCUUGAGGAUGUUUUGGGUCAUAUGAUAGAUAAAGGGGCAGUCAUUGUUGGUACAUCUAAUCAAGCUCCCAUGGAAUUAGGUGAUUGCUCCCAGACAGAUUGUUUCUACGAUGAAUCGUUUAGCGUGGAAAGUUUGGUGUCGUCUUUUCGAGAACUUUUUACGAAUAAUUGCCUCGUUUACUACUUGGACUCUGAUCGAGAUCAUCGUGUCGACAUGAAAGCUGGACAGGCGCGCUUUCUCCAUCCGAUGUCUGUGGAAACUAAAGAAGAAAUGAAUCGAUUAUUCGCAGAAUUAAUCCCGCCUGAUCAAAAAAUAUCCAGCUCGUUUGUUAGUGUUAAUGGACGGAACGUUUUUGUACCUAUGCUUGCUGGCAAAGUAGCGCGAUUUACUUUUCAAGAAUUGUUUCAGCAAAGUCUGGGUCCUAUCGACUAUCUAACCAUUUGUAAUCAUUUCGAAUUCAUUUUUCUCGACGAUAUACCAAAGAUGAUAAUAAACCAUAACAGCGAAGCUCGAAGGUUUUUUAAAUUUAUCGAUGCAGCUUACGAGUCACGUGUUAAAUUAUACUGCACUGCUGAUGCUUCUCUGGAAGAUUUGUUUCUAAUGAUAGACAGAGGUGAUGUCGAUGACGAUUUAGAGCAAUUAGACACUGCAAGUUUCCGCUCGUUGAACGUUAUAACCGGUGAAAACGAACUUUUUUCUUUCAGGCGCGCAGUAAGCAGAUUAAAAAUGAUUGGAAGCGUAUUUUAUCAAGAAACUAAAUACCGCCCACAUCGAUUUAUUCCUUAUUUUGGCACAGAGGAGGAGAAAGACUAAGCGCGAAAAAGCGAAACGAUGGAACACGUGGUUGAGUCGCAGGGUAGUGUCUUUCGUUUCUAAAAUGUCCACUUUAACAAGGAGUACAGUGAUAUGGACUGGGUAGGCAAGGUAAAUUAUCUUAUUAGGAGUAAAGAAAAAGGUUAAAGAGAUUAGCAGGACGGCGAAGGAUGCAUUGCUUAGUUGAUUGGUGAUUGUAGCUGGACAGAAUGCGAUCAAUUGUUGUAUGAUGUUGAUAAGUUUAUCAACUACACGCCAACAUGAAGCCUCUACAAUAAGUUAAAAUCAACCAUAGUUAACAUUUUUUUAACUGCGACGAGUUAAUUCGGGUUAACUCGACGCACUAAAAUUUAGAAAACUUUAUUUGAGCCAUUCAUUGUUUUACCUGGGUUAGUUCUACCUAAAAAAAUGAGCCACAUAGAUAAUUGGUAUGUUCUUGGUGAGCCAUAAAUUGGAAUAAUUUAAAAUUGUAGCAGGAUUUUUUGCCCGGAUUAAUUUUUUCGAUUCGAAAAUUAAGGCAGGUCUUAAUUUUUCUUGACAACCGAUUUAUAUUUCUAAAAACACACUAUUUGACGUGUUAUUUCAUCUUCGAUUAUUUUAUGCACAGCAUUGUGCUGUGACGCCACUUAAUGAAAGUUUGGAUUUUAAUUUCGUGGGGGUUCUAUUUUAGCUAUUGGUUAAAUGCUUUUAAUUUAGUUUGACUUUUAUUUAGCGUAAUUGGAGGAAAUUCACCAGUCGCGCGUAAAUUUCCCCAUGAUGAAAUUUCGCCACUUGAAAUAUAAUUUUUUGACAAAGAAUUUUGUCAAAAAAUCAUAAUAUUCACAAAUAGUUGAAUAACCCGAGUGGAUGGAUCCACUUGAUGAGGGAGACGGACUAAUACAUGAUAAUCACAUCAUCAAUUACCCAUCGUCAUAUAGGAAAAAUAUUUUUUAGCAAUUUUUUAACCCGUAACCUGCAUUUUGUAGACCUUAAAACGCUGAUCAAAAUAUAGGAUCAUGCUCUUUCAGGAAACUGUAAAUAGAUAUCAGGAUUUAAAGGGCUUAAUUCGUCGAUUCCCAAACAAAACGGGGGAUCGACUCAGUUUAGAAAAUUGGUCCCACUUUUGUCCCUAGUUACCCGCAGGAAAUUGCAUCACUUUAUUCCAUCCGUUUUUCCAAGUUAUUUGGCCUUGCAAUGCAUUGUCUUCGCUAUUACAGAUUACAUGCCGCCUUUAGCUCGUCAUGCAAAUUAGGCACCAAAGUUGUGUUUAGUUUUCUAAAGAAUUUUCUAUGCCGUUUCGCAUGCUUUGUAUAAAUGUUCCAUUUCUCGUAGUUAUAUUUUGUUGAUAUUUAUAAUAGUUUUAAUUAUUUUAAAAGCAAUUUUUUAAUUUUAACUGCUAGUGAAGUUGCUAGUAAAUUCUUGUAUUAUAUUUUAUUUAUUGGAGAAAAUAUUUUUUCUUUCUUA